AUGAAAACUCGCUCAGUAUUAUGUCUCUUCCUGUUCUAUGUAGCCGUUAUGGGAAAAUAUCGAAAGCCUCAAAUCAAGUACCCAAAAGACACAGUUUUCUGGGCGACAGAUUUCUUUGUUAAAGGCUGCAGAAAUUUUCUGGAUAACUGCCCGUCUGGAUACAAGACUCAAGAAAUAUGCGCAAGAAGUUACGGAGGCGAGUACAGAGACUUUGCUAACUAUUGUGAAAUGCAGUAUGAAAACUGUAAUACAUGGCGCAGUGUUCAAGAAAGCUCGUUGGGUCGUAAUGGUCAGUUUUUUGGAGUAAACGCGUGCAACGGGCCAGAUUUGAAUUGGACAUUAUGCUAUUACCAUAUCAAGAGGCUGUUGGGCAUUUUGAUGCCGUUUUAUGAUGACAUGGCUUCGGAUCCGAGUAUGAAUUUCACCCUAAAUGCUUCAGCUAAAUGGCUAAUCGAGGCGUCACUCGGCGUUGAGAAUCCAAACUCUCUCCUUGACAAGUUCUCUCAGAAUAGAAAGGUCGAUGACCCGACAAGAUCUAUCCUUCUAGCGUUUUAUGGCAUCCUGGUAGUUAUUGGAGCUGUCGGGAAUGCACUUGUCGUACUUUCAGUGGUCAAGAAACCAGCAAUGCGGACAGCCCGUAACAUGUUCAUAGUGAACCUGGCUGUUUCUGACACCCUGGUAUGCUGUGUCGGAACACCUCUUACCCUCAUGGAGCUCCUCACGAAGCACUGGCCUUUACCAGAUUGGCCAGGGCUGUGCAAAGCGUGCGGGGCUAUCCAGGCCAUAUCAAUAUUUGUAUCCACGAUAUCAAUCACUGCGAUCGCUUUAGAUAGAUAUCAGCUAAUUGUCUACCCAACACGACCAGGCCUACAGACCAUGGGUGCUCUAGUCACUAUGUUCUUCAUCUGGGUUACUGCCUUCUCGCUAGCCUCUCCACUCUACAUCUUCAGAAGUCUCAAGACCCAUAAAGUCGGUUUAAUCGGAAUGGAUAUUCUGAGCUUCUGUAUAGAAGACUGGCCGAUUGCUAACGGAAGAGCGAUCUACUCUCUACUAAGUCUUAUCUUCCAAUAUGUCUUACCGGUCCUCGUCGUCGUCAUAGCACACGUCCAAAUCCAUAGACGACUUCGAGGAAGACGAAGAACCACUAGAAAAACACCAGCGAUUCUCAUAGCUAUCGCUGUAACCUACGUCAUAAGUUGGUUACCUUUAAACGUCUUCAAUUUAGUAGCAGAUUUCAGUGAAGACGCGAUUUUAGAUGAGAAAUCGUUAACGAUAACUUACGCUGUUUGUCACAUGUUCGGGAUGUCAAGCGCCGUAUCCAACCCAUUACUCUAUGGUUGGCUAAAUGAUAACUUUCGGAAGGAGUUCGAAGAGAUUCUGUGCUGCGGGCGGAAGAAGGGACAAAAUAAUGAGAAGCUAAGAGCGAAGAAUAAGAAAAUGGAAACGGAACUGACGGCGCUGGCGCAGAUAGAACAUACUGUUACAGCUAAUACGAAAACAUCACAGUGUUCCCAAAUUUUCUGA